UUUCGAGUUGUGUAAAAUUCCAAGCGUUAAAUUCUGUAUAUUCAGUGUUGUCCUAUUAUUAUGAGGAGUCUCAGACGUGGCAUCACCUCAGCGACCGCUGGUGGUUUCCGAAGGAUUUCACCAAAUCUCCUGGGUCAAAACUUCAGUUCUCUUCCUUCAUGGUGUCCACCUCUUCAACAGCCUUCAAACAACUUUGUGAAAAACAUGGGAGCAAGCCAUAAGUAUGGAAACUACUUGAGAUUUAUUGAGGAUCCCGAACUACCCAAACUGAUAAAACUUUAUGAUCGAGUUUGCCGCGACUGUCAUAAAAAACCCGUUGGCUCGACAAAGCUUAGGAGGUCUGAGUUAGAUGAUCCGCCGAAGAAACAUCGGCACAAAAGCUAUUUUCCCAAAUAUACCACCGGUAUUGGGAAAAUACCUUUUGGUUCUAUUAAGCUUAAGAGGUCGGAGUUAGAUAAUCUGGCACGGAAGUAUUGGAACAAAGGUAAUUCUUCCAAAUUUACCAUAGAUGUUGGGAAUAUGGAUUUUCCCAAGGACUUCAUAGGUGUUCGGAGAAUACCUAUUAACAGCAAUCGGAAUUCUGUAGAAAAGUCGCAGCUCCCAGCACUGGAGUCAAAAAGAAGUAUGGAUUCUGUGGAGCGUUUCCUACAAAAUUUUAGAUCUAGUAAGAUAAGAGAGUCUUUAAAAAUAGGUCCCAAGAGUAUAAAUUCAAGCCCACAUGCUCUCAAAAACUCGCGAUUGAAUCUUUCUAAAAUAGCGAGUAUGAAAUCUAGCUCGCAUUUUCUCAAAAACUCUCAAUUUAAAUCUGCUUCUGCCAAAGUAAGUGAUGAUGAGAUUUCCAAAAAAUCAAUCAACGAUGAUAACUCGGACAAAGAAGAAACCUUCAACCGUAACAGCAUGGAUUUCAGAGGUUUUUUACAAUCGGACAAUGUAUCCACCCUAUCCUGGCUCCCAAGGAUAGAGUUCUCCAAUAUCAAUCCCGGGCCCAUCGAUCUCAUCCAUUUCGGUCCCAUCGAUAUAGAGACGCACAAAAGAGAUUUCUUAACCUUGCAUAAAGUCAAUCCUGCUGGCAAAAGGGGCUGGUACAAAAUUCCUUGGCCAAAUUCUUUUGAACCCAGGAAAAGAAAUGCAAGGAUAGAUGAUCGGCAAAGCGCUUUAGCGAAGGGACGUCUUUUGACCAAGAAGCUGUUGGAGAAAACUGAUUCUCCCCCUAGAAGGGUGUUCUAUUCUCGAAAACUCUCUAAAUACCAUUCCUUUAGAUUUGAAAUCUGUCCAAGAAAGCGCAGAACACCAAGAAAAACGGUUUCUUGUCAAACGGAAGUUAACCGAAAUACCUGUGAACUAUGUGAUAUCUGUCGACUGAACAGUCAGCCCGAUGAACCAUUCAUGGUUGAGAUGAAAAAGCGCCAGAAUCGCGAAGCGUUGAAGAGUUACUAUCUUAAGAUGAACAAAAGGAGCAAGGAAUGCUGUAAAGAAAAAGUUUCGGGUAAGGAACCAGUCUUUAAGCCUUCAGCACUAAGGAUCAGUUCCACAUUGACCAGCUCAUCAGAACCCAACACUAGUUGCAAGUCGAAUCUUAGCGGGAUGCGCCACCAAUUGGAGCAAUGUCUGGACAUGCUGAGCCUAUGUGGCCGCCUUAUCGAGGAUCGUUUGCGACUUUCCAGGAUAGAAACAAGGUGCCGGCCCUGA